CGGCGGUGGGAAGGGCAGACAUCGGUGUGCAGCAGACCUGUGUGAUCCACGUUGUUUGGAGGAUUAAGUAUUUACAGUAACGCUCCUGGUUGACAGACUGGUGCAGAAGGUGGUGUGUGGAUGGGGGGAAACAGCCAUAGUCACCUCUCCCAAGAAGAGGGGGAGGCAGCCGGAGUAGCUUUUGUGAAGGGCAUCCGGCUGUCGGACCGAGUCAUCAACCGGAUGAAACAGCCUUCAGUGGUCAGCCCUCGACUCCCACAGAAUGGAAUUGCUCCUCUACACUCACCUGAAUCACCAGCAGCCGCUCCGGCCUCCGCCCCCUCUGUUGAUGACAUGCUGCCUCUCCUGACAUCUCCUCCUGCUUCGUUCAUCUCCCCUCCACCACCUCUUCCUCCUCUGGAAGCCCCAUCCACGACUCCAUCACUGGAAUCUGCUUCUCUUCCUCCACCUGUUAAACUAGUGCCUCCUCCUCCUGUAAAGUUUCACUCCCUUCCUACGACUUCUCUGGAAUCUGAAGUCUUAGCCCCACCUCCUCCUUUAUCCUCACUUUCUCCACCAGUGACAACAAAUGUGGAGCCUGCACCUCCUCCUCUCGGUCCUCCUGCAGCGGGGCCAGUCGUUCUACCUCCCCCUGAACCCCUCGUCAUAGCACCAGAAACUCCAUCUUCUACACCAACUAUUGCAGAACAAGUCGUUGAACCUCUUGUCCUUCCUCCACCUGUGGAGUCGCUUCCAGCAGCUGCAGCUCCACCUGAACUUUCAGCUCCAUCUCUGCUCUCUGAAACUGUGAAACAACCUGCUGAACCUGCUGCUGCUGCUCCUGCUGUCAAACCUCUUGAAACUGUCGUACCUUCAACCCUAUCUGUUGAGGCAGUUCAACCUCCACCUAUUGUUGAACUACAUCUUCAGCUGGAGCCUGUAGUCCUUCCUACUCCAGUGGAAGAAGUGACCCCAGCUGUGGUUUAUUCUCCACCUCCAUGUGAACUGGUUCCAUCUCCUCCAGCUGAAGUAGUGACUCCAGUUGUAGUUCCCGCUGUUGAUUUACCUCCUCCAGCUGAAGUAGUGACUCCAGUUGUGGCUCCAGCUGUUGCUUUACCUCCUCCAGCUGUAGAAGUGACUCCAGUUGUGGCUCCAGCUGUUGAUUUACCUCCUCCAGCUGUAGAAGUUACUCCAGUUGUGGCUCCAGCUGUUGAUUUACCUCCUCCAGCUGAAGUAGUGACUCCAGUGUUGGCUCCAGCUGUUGAUUUACCUCCUCCAGCUGUAGAAGUGACUCCAGUUGUGGUUUAUUCUCCCCCUCCAUGUGAACUGGUUCCAUCUCCUCCAGCUGUCGAGGUGACUCCAGUUGUGGCUCCAGCUGUUGUUUUACCUCCUCCAGCUGAAGUAGUGACUCCAGUUGUUUCUCCAGCUGUUGAUUUUCCUCCGCCAGCUGUCGAAGUGACUCCAGUUGUUGUUUUACCUCCUCCAGCUUUAGAAGUGACUCCAGCUGUGGCUCCAGCUGAUGAUUUACCUCCUCCAGCUGAAGUAGUGACUCCAGUGUUGGCUCCAGCUGAUGAUUUACCUCCUCCAGCUGAAGUAGUGACUCCAGUGUUGGCUCCAGCUGUUGAUUUUCCUCCACCAGCUGUCGAAGUGACUCCAGUUGUGGCUCCAGCUGUUGAUUUUCCUCCGCCAGCUGUCGAAGUGACUCCAGUUGUGGCUCCAGCUGUUGAUUUACCUCCUCCAAUUGUAGAAGUGACUCCAGCUGUGGUUAAUUCUCCACCUCCAUGUGAACUGGUUCCAUCUCCUCCAGCUGUCGAAGUGACUCCAGUUGUGGCUCCAGCUGUUGAUUUGCCAUCUCCAGCUGUAGAAGUGACUCCAGUUGUGGCUCCAGCUGUUGAUUUGCCUCCUCCAGCUGUAGAAGUGACUCCAGUUGUGGCUCCAGCUGUUGAUUUAGCGACUCCCUCUCCUCCUGCUGUGGCUCCAGUUGCUGAUUCUCUACCUCCAUGUGCACUGGUUCCACCUCCACCUCCUCCUGCUGAAUCAGUGACUCCAGCUGUGCCUCCAGCUGUUGAUUCUCCACCUCCAUGUGAACUGCUUCCACCUCCUCCAGGGCCAGCAGCUGCCCCCCCUCUUGCUCCAGAGUUCACCUUCGAAGAGCCCUGCCCGCCUUGUCACUGUGUGGAGCUGGCCGUUGUGCCUGCUGAUGCACCUCCGGUCAGUGACCCCCUCGUGGAGCUUCUAAUGCCAACUCUGUCUGGACCACCUCCAUGUGAUACAGCUCCAGCUCCUGAAGAGUCCGCCCCCAUCCUGUCUCUGCCCCCUGUUGUUGAGGAUGAAAUCAUCUCAGUGCCUCCACCUGCAAAAGCGUUGCCUGUUUCUCCUGAAGUGGUCGAAGGAGAACUGAGGCAGAAGAUCCAUGAGGAGAUGCACAGAAGUCUGGAGGAAGAGAUCAACCAGAAGCGACAGGAGCUGCUGCUACAACUGGUGGAGAUGAGGGCUCUGGCUCAGGUGGAGGCCACGGCUGCAGCUCAGGCUCAGGUGGAGGAGCAGGUGAAGAAGACACUGGGGGCGGAGAAGUUGGCUCAGUCGGAGAAGCUGACAGAAGCCAUCAUGAGGGAGCGAAUGAGGACGGAGGACCAGAGGCUCAUGGUGCAGCUUUAUAGGAUGGAGGUGAAGGCUCAUCAGCUGGAUGAGAAGGAGAAACAGCUGCAGAAACGAGACGCUGUCUAUAUGGAACACAUUGCCAAACUUGAAACGAAGUGCACUGAGUUUUAUAAAGUGACGGCAGAGAGCUUCCAGAAGGGCAAAGAGGAGACACACCAGCGGUUUGCGCGUUUCGACAGGCAGCCGGUGUGUGGAGACCUGCAGAGUCAGAUUCUAAAAUGCUACAAGGAAAACACAGGGAAAACUCUGUCCUGCUCGAGCAUAGCCUCAGCCUACAUGCAAUGUGUGGACAACGCCAAGAAAAAUAAGUUGAGCACUGGAGGUUAACAUUAACCAAGCAUUGAAGACGUCUGACAUAUUUACUACUGCAGUGAACAAACGUUGAAGGACUGAAAUCUACAAACAGAUGGGUUACAGAGAAUGCAAUUUAUAUGGAAAUAGAAAAAAUGUCAAAGUGACUUUUCUGGUCCGGUACUGGUGUCACAAACACAUAGAGUUUCAUUUAACACUUCAUGUCUGUGACCCUGUUGGUUCUUGGAAUCAUCCUUAAACCUUUUAUGCCAACACCACAACAUGACAGGAGGAUAUUUCUCAGUGAUUGUCUGUGUUAACAAGGCAAAACAUAACAAAGAAGCAUUAGAGUAAAGUUUGCUGCACAUGGUUUUCAUUUGAGUGUGAACACAAUAUAUUUGUAUGAGAAGCAGUAUAUACUGAAUAUGUAUGUGUGCCUUGGAGCUAGUUAUCAGACUGCAGAUGCAUGAGAGAACUGUUAGAGGAGCAGAGGUGUGAUAUAACAAAGACUUGUUGCUUGUUGAAGUUAAUGUACCUCGAUGGAUUCAGGGAAUCUCCACCUUCAACUUCUCAUUCUCAAAGUCUGGUGAAUGCACAAAAUAAUAAAAAGGCUUAAUGAAAA